UGUUUCUCACAGGCCCAGGCCAGGAGUUUAGCCACUGGUAGACAAAAAUAGCACUCUGUACAGCGCUCGGUACGCCAUGAACUAUUGACACCGUUGGCUAAGCGAUAUCAGAGCUCUCAAAGCGCACACUCUCAGGCUUUCCCGUCCGCAGGAUGCACUGGCCAAACACGAGCUAGGCCUGGCGGAAAGAAAAUGGGUUUUCGACUAUCUUGACCCUUGCCCCCUAAUCAGAGGAUUCGAGUGAGGCAUCAUGGCCAACCGGGAGCCGAGCCAAGCGUCGAUCAGAUCUGAUCAGUCCUCUACCCAAAGAACAGAAGGCGUCCUUGUCAACCGCCACGAAGCCAACUCUUGCCCUCUUCCCCCCUGGUCGGCCAUGUCCACCCAAGUGGCCACCCUGGGCCCGUCACACACCAUAGCGCUGGGAGUCCCGUCCCCUAUUGCGAGAGGUCUUCAUUCGAGCCAAAUAACCCUGGAAACUCUAACUGCCUUGUGCGAUAUUUGGAACACCCUGCACCCGUUAUCCAUACCGAUAUUAUCCUCUAGCAUGGUCAAACGGAGCGAAGAGAUGGCCCCUCUAGGCUAUGUCUCCGUUGCCGUGACAUGGUUGGAAUGUGGUUGUGUCGUUGAUGUUGCCGGUUGA